AUGUCGCAACCACAAGCCAACGAGGCCGAGAAGAACAUUGAGAUAUGGAAGGUCAAGAAGUUGAUCAAGCGCCUGGAAGCCGCCCGCGGCAACGGUACCUCCAUGAUCAGCUUGAUCAUCCCGCCCAAGGACCAGGUCUCGCGAGCGGCGAAGAUGUUGGCUGAAGAGUUCGGUACCGCGUCCAACAUCAAGUCGCGUGUCAACCGUCUCUCCGUGCUCUCGGCCAUUACGUCCACGCAGCAGAGGCUGAAGCUGUACAGCAAGGUCCCACCCAACGGCUUGGUCGUCUACUGUGGUGAAAUCAUCACGUCCGAAGGAAAGGAGAGGAAGAUCAACAUCGACUUCGAACCGUUCAAGCCGAUCAAUACCUCGCUGUACCUCUGUGACAACAAGUUCCACACCGAGGCACUGAGCGAGCUGCUGGAGUCUGACCAGAAGUUCGGCUUCAUUAUCAUGGACGGGAAUGGAGCUCUCUUCGGUACGCUCUCGGGCAACACCAGAGAUGUCGUCCACAAGUUCAGCGUCGAUCUGCCGAAGAAGCACGGCCGUGGUGGUCAGUCUGCUCUGCGUUUCGCUCGUCUCCGUGAGGAGAAACGCCACAACUACGUCCGCAAAGUGGCCGAACUCGCAGUGCAGAACUUCAUCACCAAUGACAAGGUCAACGUCGCUGGUCUGAUUCUGGCUGGAUCUGCCGACUUCAAGAACGAUCUGAACCAGUCUGACAUGUUUGACCAGCGCCUCGUCAACAAGGUCAUCAAAAUUGUGGACGUCAGCUACGGUGGCGAGAACGGCUUCAACCAGGCCAUCGAACUCGCUUCCGAGACUCUUUCCAACGUCAAGUUCAUCCAGGAGAAAAAGCUCAUUAACAAGUACUUUGACGAAAUCAGCCAGGACACUGGAAAGGUCUGCUAUGGCAUUGAAGAUACUCUCAAGGCCCUCGAAGCCGGUGCAGCUGAGACUCUGAUCGUCUACGAGAACUUGGAGAUGACGCGCUGGGAGCUGAAGAACAGCGCAGGCAGCCAAGUGCUUCUGCACACGAACAAGACCCAGGAGCUGGACCGCAGCAACUUCAUGGACAAAGAGACUGGCCAAGAGAUGGAAGUGGUCGACCAGCAGCCAUUCCUGGAGUGGCUGGCUGAGAAGUACCGCGACUUUGGUGCCACGCUGGAGUUCGUUUCCGAUCGGUCUUCGGAGGGCAACCAGUUUGUGCGAGGCUUUGGUGGCAUCGGCGCGAUCAUGCGCUACAAGCUCAACUUUGAGCAGUUGGCUGAUCUUGAUGACGAGGAUGAGUUCUACGAUGUGAGCGAGGCGCCGGCAGCAGUCCACACUCCGCCGAGUGGGACGCCGAUGCCUCGCCCGCAGCAGGGUGACGAAAACCCCGCUGCCGCUGCGACUGCCUCCGCGGUGAAGAACGAGGCAGAAACGAACGGAGUGGCGGAGAUGCUGGCCAAGACGCAUCUUCUCACCAAGAACGGCAAGACGCCGGUGAUCAAUGCUGGCUCUUUGAAGGCGAUUGUGGAGACGAAUAAGCCGAAGGUCACAUCGCCUCUCCGCACGUGCGCGACGCCCGGCGGCUCCGUCACGCAUGCUUCGGCUGACGCUGAUAUGGACAAGAUCAGUGGCUUGGUCGGGGGGAUCAAGACCUAA